GCCGGGAAGGGAAAACCCGGAUAACGGAAGAGCGAGGUGAACGUCUGAGCCGGGCCGAAGAGACGUGAAGCGAUAGAGCCUUCGUCGUCGUCAUGCCGAGGGGGAGCCGCAGCCGAACGUCCCGCAUGGCGCCGCCGGCCAGCCGGGCGCCGCCUAUGCGGUCUGCUCCGCCGGCAGCUGCACGGGCCCCAGUCCCAGCCCCCGCUCCGGCUUCCGGAGUGGCUUCUCCUGCCCCCAGGCAGCCGGGCCUGAUGGCCCAGAUGGCCACCACGGCUGCCGGUGUGGCCGUGGGCUCCGCUGUGGGGCACACUCUGGGACACGCCAUGACUGGAGGAUUUGGGGGCGGAAGUUCUGAAGCUGCCAGGCCCGACAUCACUUAUCAGGAGCCCCAGGCUGCCCAACCUGCGAUGCAGCAGUCGCAGUUCACGCCUUGCCAAUAUGAGAUGAAGCAGUUCCUGGAAUGUGCCCAGAACCAGGCUGACCUGAAGCUGUGUGAAGGGUUCAGUGAGGUGCUGAAACAAUGCCGUUUCGCCAAUGGUUUAGCUUAACUGCACUCUGGAAGGUGGAAUUCCAGCCCCACUACUGAAAGAUGCGUCCCUUAGUAAAAUUAUCUUUACGUCUAACAGCUGUCUAGCGUUUCUUCAUUUGUGACCGCUCCUCUGUCCGACAGGAAAGCCCGGGAUACUUUUCCCAGCAGGAAGGAUUGCAGUGACGGAGUUCUGCAUCCGUUGUGUUUGGGAGAUAGGGUGGGGGGUCAGGGAAUGUUGGGAUUGCAUUGCCUAUUACGCUCUCCAUCCUUGCUUGUGUGUGCCUGCCGGUAGUGUACCAGAGUGAGCCUCAGAAUAAAAAGUUGAUUGCUCUCUGGAAAA